AUGUCACUUCUCAACUGCUAUGGUCUUCCGGAGGUACUUCAACGCGGUGACACGCCCAAUGAACAAAGAUCGAAAAUUCUACCAUCCACUCCACGGAAAACUUCACCGCCUUCUGGCGCCAUUGUAACUGCCAGUGGAGACGAAAAGAGGAAAGAUUCUCAACCGUUGUUUGCAGUUAUGGCCAGCUUUCUCGAUUUUCUGCAAGUCAAUAAGCACAAGACUUUCCGACCGAGGAAGAAAUUCCCACAAGGCACACUCCGUUACAGUCUCCACAAACAAGCUGAAGCUACAUUGCAUUCUGGAGUGGAUCUUCGACAUGCUGUCAAAUUGCCGCCAAGUGAGAAUUUCGACGAUUGGCUCGCUGUUCAUACUGUGGACUUUUUCAAUCGUAUCAACCUGAUGUACGGUACAAUUUCGGAUGUGUGCACUUGUGAAUCAUGCCCAACAAUGUGUGGAGGUUCCCGAUACGAAUAUUUGUGGCAAGAUGGGCUGGAGUACAAGAAACCCACAAGGCUCCCUGCUCCUCAGUAUAUGCAGCUGCUAAUGGACUGGAUCGAAGUUCGUAUCAAUGAUGAGAGCAUAUUCCCUUCUAGUACAAAUGUGUCGUUUCCAAAGGAUUUCCGUCAGAUUUGUAAGAAAAUUUUGACUCGCCUGUUUCGUGUUUUCGUCCACGUCUACAUUCAUCAUUUUGAUCGGAUUCGGGAAUUGGGCGCCGAGCCACAUGCCAAUACACUUUACAAGCAUUUCUACUUCUUUGUUACAGAGUACGGAAUGGUUUCUGCUAAAGAAUUAGAAGCAUUGAAAGACAUGACCGAACGGCUUCUGGAGCCAUCAAACCGUCGCGCGCCAAUCCCAUCUGCAAAUGCUUUUCGGCAGUGA